UGAAUGAAUGAAUGAAGUUCAUGUGGAGGAGCAGGGAACUGAACCCGGUUCUCCGGAUUAGAGCCUGCCGCUCUCAAUCCCGGCACCACGCUGACCCUGCUCUGUUGUCUCACUGCGGGGUUCAGAGUUCCUGGUGAUGGUUGGAGAAGGCCGCCCUGCCCUUUGGCACUUUCCAGACCUGGUUAACGAAUAACUUUGGGCACAGAGUGGGGGAGAGGGUAUAUAUCCCCCAGGAGAGGUCAACCCCUAGCUGCAAGGCUAACCUGGCUCUCCUAGAAGGUUCCUGUCCAACCCCGCACUGAACCCAACUUUUCCAAGGAACUCGGGAGUACUUGGGUCUCGGCUCCCCACUGUCCGUGCCCUGGAGCCCACAGUUCUUUCGUAACAUCGAGGCGAUCCCCUGAUCUCUUCCGUUGCCUGGCUUUCCUGGAAUCUACUAAGUAUUACUUCGUCUGAGUCCGGGCCCACCACCAUUCUGACCAUCACCCAAGGGCCAUGUCCGCCUUUGCUACGCUGUUGCUGCUGCUGGCCGUCUCCCCUCUGUAUUCAGAAGGCACCGAGCAAAUAGCAGCUAGGAAUACGGCAGACCCCAAAUGCCCGUCUCGGAAGAACAGCACCACGGAGCUGAGAGGGCAGACGUGCCUGAAGAGCUGUGCCCGCGGCACUCGCCAGUGCAAAUCCCGGACGUGUCUGUGCGAUGGGGCAUGUGGCCUGAGCUGUGUUUCACCAGGUAUGAAGAAGAUUCCCGCUGCCCGUGGCCAGUGACCAUUAACAAUGCUGAGACACGUCUGAUCCAGGAAUCCAGGACUUUUGGGGACUACAUGGAGGUGAUAUGCAACUCUGGUUUUAUGACAGCAGACGGACAGAGAGUGGCAACGAGCCGCUGUCAGGGAGACCGGAAGUGGAGCUUCACAGCACCUUGUGAAGAUAUUACUACUUCCCCAUCCGUUUGUGAACCUCCGCCAGAAAUUGAAAAUGGCUUCCACGCAGAUGGCCCCUACCAGAUAGACGGGGAAGUACAUUACUGGUGUGACUACGGAUACCGUCUGGAGGGGGCCAGUACCCUCUUAUGCCAGGAGAACCGGGAGUGGUCCCACAAGGCCCCAACCUGUCAACCUGUUUAUUGCUCACGCCCUGCCGAUAUUGCUAACGGAGCUGUGGUUAAUGUGAACAAGUCUCAGCACCCAGUGGGAACGGUGAUCUUUUAUUUGUGCAACAAGGAAUUCUAUUUAGAUGGCUCCUACAGAGGGAUCUGCUUGGAGAAUGGAAACUGGUCCCAGCCGCCGGCCUGCAGAGCUCGAUGUCCCAUCCAUGCUCAGAGAAGCCGAGUGGUGUACAAAGGCCGCAAACUCUGGAUCGAUGAGAUCCCCGGGAAGGAAGUUCACCACGGAGAAUCCGUCACAUUUUUCUGCCGUAGCCAGAACAAGACCUGUAGCCUUCAAGCCGAAAGCCAAUGUUUUGAUGGGUUGUUGAAGCUGCCUUCCUGCUACAACGAACCCACCUAUCUGCAGUACCACCUAUUCCCUAGAAGAGUGGUAUCAGAAAUACCCGAAUGCUGAACGUUCCACAACUUCUUACUGCUCCAAAUAGAUGCCCUCUUCUAUAGAUUGCGGCUGGACUGAUGUCUUGAAGGAGCAGAAAAGACCACUGGGUUAUUUAAAUGGCGCACAUGUAAAAGUUUUACACAGUUGACACCAUUACAGGAAACUAGACUGCGAUUUAACACUUGUCGCAAAUUUGGAAUAGUCUAUUUCUAGGAAAGGGAAAGGAGAGAAAAAGGCGACGCUUGGCUUCAGUUUGUUUCACCUAUCAGCAAAUUCUAGUGUCAAGUUUUCUCCCAGCCUUUUAUCACAUUAAAAGCAAGCUGAUAUAUUCGCUGCGAUGGUGGAAAUAGAAGAGAGGGAUCAAAGGCGGGAGGAGGAUGGGAUGGGAGUUACAUUAAUCCCAGACUUUGGUAUUAUCCUUUGCGUUGACAGUGUGGAGGGGAGGCAUACAUUAAAAUGUAAUUCAAUAUAUUCCAUAUGGCAAGAUAAUACAGCGCCAGAUUUUUCUCCCAGUUCCCCAAUUAAACUCAAUUAAAAAUGCUGGAUUCUGGAGAAAAGCAGGGUAAAUAUAAUGUAAUUAAUUAAUGAGUUCAUUAUAUCAAAACACAUUUCAAAUGUUUGAUAUGAGCAAAUAAUAACAAUGCUGAUUUAAAAUAGAAAUCUGGUUGAGGAUUUUGGCAGUAUAGAGGAAACCCUUUUGGGCAACACCUUUUAGGUAGUACCGUAGUUAUUUUCCAGGAAAGGGAAGAGACAUUUCCAAGAAUACAAAUAUCCAAUCCAGCAAACCCAGUUCCAGAUUAUUUGUUUCUUCACUCUCUCCUUUCUACCUUUGAGCCAAUCUGUGUUUUGGCAAAGGAAGCUUGUUUGGUUAGGAGUCACAAUUGAUCGUCUGUGGAGUGGUUAGUGUCAGACUAUGAUCUGGGGGACCCUAGUUUGAAUGACCGCUCUGCCACGGAAGUUCACUAGGUGACCAGGUGGAUGAGAGGAGAGAAAAAUGAAAUACUAUGGAUCGCCAUUGAAGAGAAAGGAAAUGAAGUAAAUAAGUGGACUCAAACAUCAUACACCAGUUAGUAGACACAGAAAUUCCAUCUCCACAUCUGUCUCUCUGCCACCUAAGUUUGAAUGAACCUCCAGAGAGGUUAAUUUCUCCCAAUGGAAGAUGAAUCCAUUUCAUCUUCCAAGAUUUCAGUCUGGUUUCUUGGGUCCAGAUCUGAAAAGAUAGAUAAGCAAAAGGCUGCUCCGUUCCAGCAGACGUAAAGAAAUCCAGUUUCGAGUGUCUUCACUCUUUUCCCAGUGUUGUCCAUUCCAAUUGUCCAUUCCAAUCAGGAAAUAAUUCACAGGAGACCCAAACGAGCUGGCUUAUGAAUCCAGAUCGAGUUUUCUCUCUGCACUCCUUAGGAGAGCUUAUUAGUUUGCUGUUGUGGUUCUGUGCACAGAAAUCCCUUUCAGUUUUCCUAGCCCCAUAAAUCAUCUGCUUUUCCUCUCCACCUCUGUGCCUUGUUUAUUCUUCUUCCUCAGGCUGCAUGGCUGGAUUGAUAAAUCAGCACCGCUGGGAUUUCACCAUAGGGCUUUCUACACGUUAAUGCAGUUUCAUUCAAAGUCCACAACACUAAAUAAUGCUCUGUAUUUAUACAAUGUGUGUCAGCCAUUGAGCGGACUUCACAAACAUUAAUCUUAGUCAUCCCUGAGAAAGGGCUGGAAAGUAGGUCUGUAUUAUUAUUUAUCAGCGGUGUGUGGUGGACCCGCUGAGGGAAAAAAAACAGUGAUGAGUUUGUUCUUGAGGGCAAAAAGUCUUGAACCAGGAAUUUCUAGCACAUGUUGGCCUUGUGGCUGCUGAACCAUAUCAGCAACCUUUACACCCAGGCUGCGUUUACACAACCCAGUAAACCAUCAUUUGGUGAAACUCUUAUUAUUUGUGACAUGAAUACAGACAGUCCGAUAGGCAUCCACUUUGGAUUUCAAACUAGGAUUAGUGGUCACUUAGGACCCUGUUUGUCCUAAUUGUGCAUUGAUGAGACAUCUGAGUUUACAAACAAUAGGUUUUUUUUACAUGCAGGGUCCCUCCCGGCUACCUUACCAUAGAUCUUGCAGCCCAGUGAAGUUGUCUUCUCUGUUGGGAGACAGAAACAGACAAACUACGGUUCAUACAGAAACCACCAUUUUGUUACAGAGCUCUAAAAGACAAAAACAGAGUUUGUCACACAAUCCAUGGUUUGUCAUGAUGUCUGACUACAACCCUAGCAAUAAGUUUUCCCUACACACAUGGAUUAGGCUCAGGGAAAUGAAGAAAGACAUUUAAACCACAACAAAAUUGAAUGUAAACAGUGAUGAUAAUACAGCAAACAUUCAGUCUUAAUCCUGUACUGGUUCAAAGCUUCAUAUUAAUGUAGUAUCAAGGGAGAGGAACGGUUAUGUAAAGGCAGGCAUUUAAGAAAUAUGCUUAUGGGGAGAUUAGGUACAAAGCAGAUACUGCCCAACACUCAUAUAAAUCCAUCUGUAUAUAAUAAACCA